CCUACAUGUUCUUUUGUAUGACACUUUGUAUCCAGGCAUGAUGUCGUGCAUAUUUAGGUCGUUUAACUGUAUGAACGGUAAUUUUAGAAAUAUGUACCUACAAAACGGAUUGAGAUUAAAAUCCUUGGUCAAAUUACAUAUACGGACAUUACGCUCAGGGACUUGUAGAAAUGAACUCGCUAACACAAACAGACCCAAGACAUCACUCUGUCUUCAGCACAGGUUGAACUUUGUUCAGUGGGAGAACACGAGAAUCAUGUCAAAACCACACCGACACUUUCACAUUACUCGUAGACUUGACAUUCAUCCACUUGUAUGGAUCAUUGGAAAACCUUUGACAAAAUUGUCUGCAUUGAUAUUUGGAAGAAAACUUCGAAAUCAUUGGAAGGGGCUACCUCAUAAACAAAAAGUUAUUAGUCUGGCGACAUUGCUGGGAGUGACAGCUCUUGCACUAACACUUUACACGAUGGCUCACACUGAAAGUGUCCCUAUUACAGGAAGAAAACGCUUCAUCUUCAUCACGCACGAUCAAUUGAUUAAAAUUGUGGAAAAAGAAGUUGAAGAAAUUUUAGAGAGUAGUAAGGACAACAUUCUACCUCCUACACAUGAACUGUACAAAAUUGUUAUCGGAGUGGCUGAGAAACUAUGUGUUAAUAAUCUAGACAUACAGCAGAUGAAAGAAAUGCAGUGGAAAGUUUUCAUUAUACAGAAUGACGAAUUCAAUGCUCAUGUGUAUCCAACAGGAGAAAUUUUUGUAAACACAGGACUCUUCAAAUUAGUUACGAAUGUGGACCAGCUGGCGGCUAUUCUGGGACAUGAAAUGGCCCAUGCCCUUCUCUCUCAUGCAGCAGAGCAGCUGAGUUACGGACAGAAAUGGGACUUUUUUGUGAUUGUGAUAAUGGCUGCUAUAUGGAUGAUUAUACCCAGUGAUGGAAUUGCUUCAAUAACUUCCUGGUUUAUGAAUCGUGUUAUCAAGUAUUUUGAUUUGCCAUUCAGCAGAGAGCUGGAAAAGGAAGCAGAUAAAGUAGGCCUCCAGCUGGCAGCCAAGGCCUGCUUUGAUAUCAGGGAGGCCAGUGUUGUAUGGACAUUAAUGCAGGUGAAGGACACGAUGGAGGGAACAGUUAUCCCAGAAUUCAUGUCAACUCAUCCAUCCAAUGAAACCAGAGUGGAACUCAUAGACUUCUUGAUACCAAGAAUGACAGAACUACGGGAGAAGUGUAGCUGUCCAAGGCUAUCGUCCAAAGAUCCCAGAGUAGCCAUGCAGCAUGUCAAACGUUUUGUCGACAAUAAAGUGAUAGCUCAACAGGCAGGACAGAACUUAUCCAAAGUGAACUUAACUCACCAAAGAGCUGUUCCCAACCAUCAGCCUGCCGCAGGACAAAAGUCUCAUUCAUGAUCAUCUGUCUUUGAAUUUUUUUUAAUAACAUAGUGAUUUUGAACAAGAAUAUUUUACCGGUACUUGUAACUUGUGGUGGAAAAAAUUCAAAUUUUUUUUUUCCUUAAAAACUUUGCACACUGAUUACCAUAUAUUAAUAGAGGGCGAAGCCCUCUCACAGCCCAAAGGGCCGUGAGAGUGGAGCUCUCCCUAUAGGUAACACGUAUAUACAUGAUUAAAAGGAAAAUAUAGAAAACUAAUGAAAAAUUAAACCAUACCUAUGGAACUUAAAAAUUUUGGUCCCAAUGGCGUUGAUUCGAAUACUAGCGCAUGGAUAUGUAUUUCUCCAUUUUGAAUCUUGUAUACCCAAAUUCACAUCGUUCUGAGAUGUUACAUAAAAUCCGUAAAAGCAUGUAAAUCUUAUUUUCCUUAUUAUAUAUAAUCACUCCUCAAUUAACGCGAUUGUACCAUUCUCCUAUGUUUGUGUAUUUGCUAAACGCCGACGCUGAAUAUGACAUCACAAUGCACUGUUUACAUCAGUUGCAUAGAGUUUCCCGCGUUCGAUGAAUAGGCGGAUCAAAAUGUCUAAAGUUAGAAUACUUUGAUUGAGCUCUGUCCUCGCAUGUUAGGUGCUAUUAUUUCGGAAUAUUUUUUGUUCAGAUGUGAAUCUAGAUACUAAUGCCAAUACUUUUUGCUUUGCCCUUAAACACGUUCACGCCGUAAAAAAUAUUAUUUUUGAUAAACAUGAAUGUAUAGUGGACAUUAAAUCUCUGAUUGGAUACAGUGCCAUACCUAAUAUUGAUAAUGAAACCAUAGCUUUGUGAUUUACAAUGUUCUGUUGUAAUAGAAACUCUCAUAUUAAGGUGACUCCUUCAGCAGUGGGUUUUAUUUCAGUUCCGUAUAAAAUCCAAACAGGAAGUGAUUUACCGUCAUGAUUUCAUACAACUUUUUAUUAUCAAUUUUCACUGUCAUUAUUCUGAUAUGAUACAAUUAUUUAUCCGAGCAUGUAUGGCUAAAGAAAUAGAAUGAAAUGGCUACUAUUUUCACAGUGCUUUUUCAACCAAUUAAAAUUUUCUUCCCCAUGCUAUUUCAGCAGACUUUUGAUAUAGAUAUUGUUUUUAGAUGUCCCAAGGAAGUUGCACGUUUCCCCUGUUGUAUCACUCUCAUUAAACCCCCAGUGUAAUUCCUAUGUCAGUUCUAUUCUUCAUUAUUCAUGUUUCUUAAUGUAGGAUUUUAAAGAAGGAAAAAAAAACUGUUUUUUGGGUAUUUCCUGUAUAUAAUUCUUUGGUUUCAAAUUUAAUACUACAUAUUUGAAUUUUACUGGUUUUGUGAGAGUAAAAAUCUGGUUGAAUUUUAUAGAUUUUCUUUUCAUGUUUGUAAACUCAAGAAUUAUUUGUUUGUUGUUUUUGCUUUUAGCUUUUUAUCAUGCUUUAUGCCAUUUUAAAUGCGUAUUUUUUUAUUUUUUUUUUAUCAAUUUAUCGUCUACGCCAAUUAUCUGGUAUUUAAAUGUACACAAAUUUAUUUUCAACUCACUUUUCCUGUAGCAGUGUAAUUUCAUAACGAUAUUAUUUUUCUUUCUAAAUGACACCCAAGUUUAAGCUAUUGCCAUUCAUCAUCUGUUUAUCAAUGCUAUUUGUGAACAAGUGUACAGUUUAAUCUUCCUCAGAAUGACUGCAUACCCAGAUAUUAUAUUGGGUACAAAUGUUCCCACAAAAAUGUGGUUACUUUUAAGAGUAAUCCAAAUACAUGUAUCAAUAUGACUGGCCACGGCUGUUGAUUGGCUGAAACAAAGUCUGAUUUACCGAGACAGAAUCAACUUCUCCUCAAGAGUGCCUGCAUUCUCGGUCACCAUACUCUACAAAUAUAAACUUUGACAUUUUGUGGUAACAUACAACGAUAUAGUUGAUGCAUAAAAAAACGAAUGGUAAUUUUUAAUAGUUCUUUUGAAAUAAGAUAAUAUUCUUAAUUUCUAAUUAAUAGUUUAAUUACUUCAAUUUUAAAUGCUGGUUUUGGGGGCAAGAAAUAGUCACUGUCUGACCUAGUUCUUUGUAUUGUUACAUGGCCAUCGUCUGCUUUCUAUUUCAACCAAUACCUAUUAUGGUAUCUCACGAACAUCACAAGAAAUGAGAAAGCUAGUACAAUAUAUACGAUGACUUAUUUACAUGGAAAGAAAUUUCUAUUGGUCCAUAUUUGACAUUUGUUUGAAAAAGCAAUGACUUCUGCUUAGAAGUCACCCCUUUAUCAUACGGCACAAAAAUCAGAUUCUAAAUGUGAAUUCAAAAUUUAAUAUGAUAUAUUUGUCUAAUGACAGAUUUUUGGAAAACUUUUAUCUAUUGGGUAUUUAUAUAUGCAAUAUUUGAUGGUAAAUUUUUGUCACGUUUAUCUUUUUGGAAAACUUACAAAUUAUAGCAUCAUGAUAAUAUUUUAUUUUUCAUUAAGUUCAUGUUGUGUUUAGUAAUGAUGACUACACAUCACAAAGUUGUUGAUAAUAUACCAUUUUGAGAAUGUUGAAUUUUUAAUUGAUAAUUCUAGUAUGUGUCAAAUUGUUAAAAAUGUGAAUAAAACCUUUAUUUACUGUU